AUGACAGAUAUCACUCCGUACUUCAACGAGACCCUCAAGGCUCAUGGCGCCCACACAACCGCUGGCGUCUCUCUGUCUAUGCAACACCUUGACGAGUUUCUUAAAGAGGCAUAUCGCAUAAACUCCCACAUUGCGUCUCUGAACGACUACCUACGUGGAAUCCGACAAUCCUACCUAUCCACCACCCAACCACCGCGACGACAACGCCAGCUUGCUGCCGAAACCUCGAAGCCCAAAGAUAAAGAAUGGCGGUACCUGACAGACCGCCAACGCGACGAGAUCGACGCCGAAACAAAGCAACUCCUCCGCGAACUCAACUACGGCAUCCGAAACCUGGCAGAUGCGGAGCAGCUGCGCCAAGACACCGAGACGACCCUGAUAGAAAAGAAAUAUGGCAACAAACUGGGUGCUUUGGGUAACUGGGCUGUUGGCGGGAUAGGGCAAUCGAAGCCUCCGGAGCAGGAACAGGCGGAGAGCAGGGCGAAUACGAUUAGCACGCACAGGGAGAAUGUGCUGUGGUAUUUACGGCAGAAGCUACAGCAGUGUGGGGGGUUGCAGGCGGCUAUGAUGGAGACGCGGAUUAUGCGCGAGAUGGAGAAGAAUAAGAGCUUGCUCUAUAAAAGUAAGGGGGUUAUGAUGAUGGAAGGCGGCGGGUCGGGCGAACCGCCUGUGCCGGCAUUCGAAUACAAGGGCGCGGCGGGGAGGCAGGUCGAGGAGGAGUAUGGGAAGAAUGUCGAGGAUGAGUUGACGCCGGAGCAGCUGCAGCUGUUUGAGAAGGAAAAUCGAAACAUGGUUCAGCACUACGAGGAUACUCUGAACCAAGUCAAGACCGCGCAAAAAUCGCUCGUGGAGAUCUCAGAACUGCAGACACAGCUCGUCAACAACCUCGCAACACAGUCGGCGCAUAUUGAUCAGCUUGUCGCAGACUCAUUCUUGACAGCCGAGAACGUUGGGGGCGGAAAUAAAGAACUGAAGAAGGCGUCGGAGCGGAGGAGCACUGCAAAGUAUGUCUUCUAUGCAUCAUGCGGGCUGAGUGCGUUCCUGGUGGUGUAUGAUUUGAUCAUUUGA